AUGGUCAGGAAACUCCAAGAAGGACGUAAAGGUGCAUCAAAAGAGGAAGAAGUGAGGAAAAUUCUCACUUUGGAGAGGCUGGCCUCGUCCAGUGCAGCAGGAAGCUUGCCCAGCGAGCUCGCACCCAUUUACUCUGGAAGAUACUCUUUGAAGGUUCAUUUCCAGUUCUGCGCAUGGAUUAGCCUGGAGUCUCUUCCAUCAUGUGGUAUCAGAGCCCAGGGAAUGUUAACUAGUCUGCUUGGGAAUCUGUCUCUACUUUCAUACUUUGCCAAGAAAAGAGAAAAGGAGGCGGUUGUAGUUCAGACAUUGGGUGUGGUUUCAACAUAUGUUGUCCUUGUUCAGCUGGCACUGGCUGAAGCCAUGCCUUUGCCUUACUUUUUGGCUACUUCAGUUGUUGUGAUGUCUGGUCUUGUUCUGAAUUUCUUGAAUUACUUUGGUUUACUAAAUGAUGGACUCUGGCGCUUUUGGGAAGAUUUCAUUACAAUUGGGGGUCUUUCAGUGCUUCCACAAAUAAUGUGGUCUACAUUUGUUCCCUAUUUACCUAACAGCAUCUUACCUGGGGCAACUGCCUUUGUGAUUGCUAUCUUGGCUGUUACAUUGGCCAGAACUGGAAAACUUUCUGAGAAAGGUGUUAAAUUCGUUGGAGGAAUAUCUGGAUGGACAGCUACACUACUCUUCAUGUGGAUGCCAGUUUCUCAAUUGUGGACAAAUUAUCUCAAUCCCGAGAACAUGAAAGGCUUGUCAGCUUUUUCGAUGUUGCUUGCCAUGCUUGGAAAUGGGCUUAUGCUUCCACGUGCUCUCUUGAUUCGUGAUUUCAUGUGGUAAUUAUCUUUCUUUGGUUGAUUCUUA